CCUUAAAUACUACGUUCAGCACCCGAGCGUUUAUUUCAGAUAACAUCGUGUGUUCCAAGCAAUAAGUGUAUCACUGUCUCAUUGAGAGACUAAAACUACCAUCAUGGCCGAUACCAAGGACGAUGGUCCACCAGCUACGAUGCGAGCUUGUAAGUAACACUGUCCCUGAGAUAUCUAUCAGAACGUCUUCAAUGAACACCUGAUCCGUCACCACAGAGCCCUCUUCCUCCUCCUCCCUUCACUUCUAUUCCCACCCAACCCAAACCCUCCCCCAAAACAAAAACUAACCCCUUCAUCCAGGGCAAUACACAACCACCAUCCCCGGCGGCAUCUCCCAAACCAUGCACCUCAACCCCACCACCCCAAUUCCCACCCCCCUCCCAAACCAACACCUAAUCCGCAUCCUCGCCACAGCACUCAACCCAGUAGACUACAAACCCAGCGAACUCCCCCUCCUCGGGCGCCUGCUAGUCACCCACCCCGCCACCCCCGGCCUCGACUUCGCCGGCCUGAUCACCACCCCAGCAUCCGGUUCCCCUUUCUCACCCGGGCAACUCGUAUUCGGCGUAGCAGGCACCUCACCCCUCGCAGGCGGCGCACUGGCCGAGUACGCCCUCGUGAAAGAGCACAACGCCAUCGCCGUCCCCUCGGGGGUGGAUGUAUUAGACGUAGCAGUGCUCGGCGUAGCGGGGUUGACAGCCUACCAGUCUAUCGUUCCGAGAGUUAAAGAAGGAGAUCGGAUCUUUAUUAAUGGUGGGUCGGGGGGGACUGGGACGCUGGGGAUCCAGUUCGCGAAGGCGGUAGGGUGUCAUGUGACGACUACGUGUUCGACGGGGAAUGUAGAAUUGUGUAAACGGCUCGGCGCAGACGUGGUGAUUGAUUACAAAGCUGGGAACGUGCUUACGGCGUUACUAGCUAGUGGGGAGAAGUUCGACCAUGCGGUUGAUAAUGUGGGGCAUAUUGAAGACAGGGAGUUGUGGUGGAGGUGGCAUGAGUAUGCGAAGCCUGGGGCGUCGUAUGUUUUGGUUGCGGGGGAGUUGUCGGUUAGGAGUGUGGUUGAUAUGGUUAAGAGGGCGGUGGUGCCGAGGUUUUUGGGGGGGUUGAAGGGGAAGAUUGAUGGGUUUUGGCCGGCGCCUAGGCCGGAGGAUCUUGAGAGGGUGGCGGGGUGGAUUAAGGAUGGGAAGGUGAAGCCGGUGAUUGAUCAGAAGUUUGCGUUAGAGGAUGGGGCGAAGGCGAUGGCGAAGUUGAAGACUGGGAGGGCGAAGGGGAAGAUUGUGAUUGAUGUUGCGUUGGAUAGUUAUAAGCCUUAGCUGUAGUAGAUAUUCACACUGCAAAGAAAGAAAUAAUUAAUAUCAU